AUGCUGGUUCAAAAGGAGUACAAACCGCCAUAUCUCGUGGGCUUUCUUCCCUGGAAAAUUAUCAAGCAUCCGGAGAAGUUUACCAAACAAGUUAGUUACAAAUUGGCUAUUCUUUUCGCUCAUUUAGCUUAUGAGAUUCAUAAUAUUUCAUUAAAAUCCCCCUAGAAGAAAAGACCCCGUUGUUGGGUCUCUGUGCCAAUGCAAAUGAAAUAGAAUUGCCGUCGGGAAGACAGACCAGACCUGUUCUUAUGUUCGGUCAAACUCUAGGCUAUGAAACAUGUUUUUAGAGGGUAGGGAUCAUAACCUUCCGGGCUACAAAUUGAGACCGUAAUGACGGUUCUCUUUUAGCAGUUUAUAGGGGAAACAGACGGAUAGGAUGGAGACGUCCCUCUUGAUUCCCUCGUCACUGUCUGCAGCCUCAGGACGCUAAUCUACUAAAAUGCAGAAAACAUAACUUUGUGCACCGAAGCAGGCUGAGAUGGGUUUCUCCUUCGAAAUCACGCCUGAUUAAAUAUUUCAGUGCAGACGCGUGUGAAAUGGGCUGAAUUUUUGCCUAGUGACUUUCUAACGAAACUUCUUUCUAAAGUAUUCUGCAGCUCUAAUUGAAUUGAACUUCUCUGUUUUGAGCUCACAGGGUACUGUAGCAGCUCAUUGUUUUACUUUUCAGGGCGAAACCGUCUCUUUCAGUGAGGAAGCGGAGGAAGGCGACGGUGAGAGAAGGGAGCAGAUCUGUUCUUACCUGACCCACGCCUUUUUUGUGAAUGAGCGCAGCGGUGAACAGCCCUUCGAUUGCACUACGUUUCGCAAGGAACUGGAGUUCAGAAUAGCACGUGAGUCGUUUGCUGUGUUCUCGUCUCAGAGGGUACUCGUCUGCUUUUUCAUCCGAUAGCUCGACCGUCGAUUUCAACGAUGUCCACCGCAUCCACCAUAGCAGGGUGAAAGUAGGGACGGUGGCUUUUGCUGAAAUUUACUUUAUAGGGAUAGCAGACUUGCAUAGCACCUACCGCACUCUUCCCCCCCCCCCCAUCUGGACCCGGUGUCAAGAGAGAGUCAAGAAGACCGGAGACGGGGAAGGACGAAGGUGCCUGGCACGGUCGAGCCCGCACCUUGGCGUUCCACUCCACACCCCCUGAUCCACACGGCAAGUAACCAGGUUUUUGAUUCACAACAACAAUGGGGGGUAACAGGUCCCAGUGCGCGCGACGCACGCCGGCAAUCUGGUCCGCCACUGCAUCCCAGAAUGUAGGCAUUUGUUUUGGUGCACAAUGCCGAUAACGCCUGCCAGAGUCCAAUAUGGCCCUCACGUUGGUCCAGCUCAUCUACCAUGCGUUCCGUUUGGAGGGCACAGCUUUUCACCCACUUGUGGCCGAACAGCCGUAUUUGUAUCCCGUCCGCAAAUGACAGGACAAGGGAGCCCCGGAGGCUUGGUAUACGAGCAUAUGACUUAACAAUGAACGAUCACAAUAUCCGGAUUCUGACCUCGGAUGACCUAAAGCUGGAACCGGGGAGUGGCCGCUGAUGGGCCAAAAAGGUUGCGCCGAAUUCGCUUGCUUCUAUCAACAUCCAUUUUCCAUCAUCAGCACUUAUUCUGCGAGUGGCCGUUAGGUACAAGGGGAGGACAUGUUGCUCACCGUAAAAAAGAUUGGUGUACCACUCUUCCACGUUGAUAUCAGUUCGUGUGUUCCGACCGUCAUGGACACUUUAUCCUCCUUGAGCCAUUGAAUUGCCCGUGUCUUGUUUUAGUUCGUCGUUUAUGGGCUUGUAUCGGUUAUAACUUUCGACUUUAAGUCCAUAAUUCGAUUCGCGUAAAACAGUUAAUAAAAUGGUCAUUUGCAGUGGUCAAGUAGCUUCCAUUGUCAAUGCGAGUUGUCGUGAGCCGAUACAGAAAGUAAACCUACUAAAUUAUCGAAUAUUUGUGCCGCCAAACGAAAUGGAAACGGGAUACCCAUUGCUGACUUAGCUGCCGUCCGGAAUUCUUCGUGCCCCAACUUCAGAUUAGAAAGACCUGAAAUUUGGAACCUGUUUCAGAAGUUUCGUUUUGUUUUGACUGAGCGCUUGACUCUUUGUCACUCAAACUACGCGUGACUGGCGUCAGGCUGUGCACAUGGAAGUUUUUCUUUCCUAAUGGAAUGGUUGAAGCCUAGAAUUAUCUGCCUGCAGAUAUCCUUAUGUCCACAUCCGUCGAGACUUUUAAGCGGAAGCUGGACCAAUAUACCAUUACACAUCAUAAUGUCAACCGACUGGUAUCAUCUCAACACUGUGCUAACAUUUAAUUACUGCCAUAAUAUUACUAUUUACAUGUCAGUAAAGUUUGUUUCUUCAGUUUUGUCAUUGUUCUAAACUCGUUGCGCGCAGAUACUAACAUUCACUUCGACACCUACAGAUAACCGAAAUUCUACUACUUGUUCUGUAGCACAAUCACGCGUAGACUGGCUACUGUACAACGUUUUUAGUAGUGCUUGUGGGGAGAGGGAGGGAGUGAGCGAGCCAGACCAGAGAACGCUUUUAUCGGGCUGCGCUGGCUUCGCACACGUCCAUAACUUUUACGCCCUGCAGGCCGCGGCAGCCACUGAGCCUACUCCCAUGAUUAACUCGUCAUCAGGCUCGAGCAGUCGUCUGGUGCAUGGGAGAGCGAGACCGAUCUCAACGGCGGACCAACGCAUUCCUUACUCAUAAUAAAUGUUGUGACCCGACUGAGUCCAUCACAAGUUGCAGACAGCGGUGGCUUGAAAGGCCGCCAAUUGAUGGGAUAACUCAAUCCACCUCGCAAAACUGAGUGUCAGGCUGAAAUAGCUCCUUCUGCAAACGGCCUUUAUGGCCAUUUUCACUCAUGUACGAUCGGAGCCGCCCUCAUGACCAAUCGAUCAGACCUUCUUUUUGACUCCCUGCGCUAUGUGGGUACGAUUGCGGAUUGUAGUCAAAAAUAUAGUUGAUUGAAGGAGGUAAUACUAAGCCUCUAACAAGCGCAACCUCAGUCACCCGCCUCAUUUUCGUUGACCUAUCUUUACCGAAAUUUUGUGUUUGAUUUCCCGUAGAAAUUAUCCGCUAAAUGUCAUUGCAGUUACGUGUACAUAUAUAGCAGAAAUUUAUUGGAUGACUGGAUGUCUCAUCUUACGCUCAGAGAUUGCUCUCUUGAACAUAAUUUAUUUUAUUUUAUUUCAAGGUGUACUCAAGUUAAGCCUCAUGUCGCACAUUAUUUUAUUGAUGUUUCGCCAGGACUACUAAUAGUCGAAACAUUUUGUUUUAUUUUAUCAGGAAAGACAGUUGAAAGUUUAUAUUUUGGGUAAGAAUAAACACUCACUUUUAUAACUUUAUAGCGCUUCUUCGCGGGGACAUCGUUCGGAUCCUCGUCGGUGGAGAUACCAACACGGCUCUUCAGGUCGAUAGAACAUUCACUGUGCCUCUCGUUAUACUGCAGAGUUCUGGUGGCCUAGCUGACGUCUUCGCACUUGCCGCAAUUUUCCGGGACGAAACAAAUAAGUAAGUUUUUUGUAGACGCUUCGCUUACUCUUCCCAAGUCCCCCUCAAUCUGCCUUGAGGAAGUAAGCAGACGUACACACAUGGGGGAUGCCGACUGUGGUGUCACAUGACAUCAGAGCCACAUGUGGCCGUUAUUCACCGGCAUUCUCGCGACGUCCGCUCUUGCGGUAAGACAUGCGUUAAAUUCAGAGAGGGGUAAGUAUUCUCGUGCCCAAACCUCAACACUAACGCAAACCUAGCCUCAAGCGUAAGUAUGCCUUGACCCUACCCUACCACAAACCCUGAUCUCCUGAAAACUAUCGUAAGAUCCCGGCAUAUGGAGGAGACUCCCAUUCCGUUUCUCGCCCUGUAAUUUUUCUAAACAUCACACUCCAGUAGACAACCGACUAUUUCCUCCUGACAAGGAUGUGUAUCUACUUGACAUUCUGCUGUACUAACUCGAUUCUGAGCCUAGGCUCAGGCCGGUUACAGUUAGAAUGUGAGAGACCAUCACAGGCAUGCGUGAACCAAAAGGAUUCCGAACGGAAAGUACCCAGCUUGAUGUUAAAAUUAGCUGCUAGGUUUAAAUGGCUCUGUUCUUCAAGCUGUCUUUUUAGUGAGAGGAAUCUGCUGUUUAUCCGUCUUUUUUUAAGUAUACUGUUAAUCGGUCGUAAACACUGGUCUUUUUUGCGUUUCAAGAAUAUUACCACUGGGCAUGACGUGUCCUCAGCAAAUUUCUGAUACGCACCAUUCAAAAUGUCUGAGAGAAGACAGUGUGUUUUCGUCUAUACCUUAGCGUUGUAAUUGUUUCCAUUAAAAUUGCAUUAACGAACACUCUUAACUGAAAAAAACGUUUUCUCCUUAUUCUGUGAACCCCUCUUUAACUGUUUCUCCUUAUUAUUUUUUUCCGACUAAAACAGCUUUCAGAAAUUCGGACAAGCCCAAGAAGAGAAGCUUUUGAAAAUGUUAGCGACCCUGGACAGAACCAACAAGUACCCCAUAAACAGGGCCUAUGAAGCUCUUGUCGAUGCCAUGAGUCCACAGGGCCACAUCCUGCUGCAUGAUCUGUCACAGGCAAAGGAUAUUACCGGUACCGUUCUGGAUGCCCUCUUGGCUUCCAAUUCGGACGAAAUGUAUCGACUCAAAUUUGACGUGGUCUGGGAUAAGCUGGAGGACUUUGCACACUGUUUGACUACACGGAGAUAUCCCUUGGGAGAUGGUCAGUCAGUUUGUCCUUUGCUGUUUGUUGUCUUUUUUGUAAUAUCGAAUCGGUAAGUUACGUGACUAGAACCCCCAAUUAACUAUAUUCCUAUGUCGUGUCCACUUAUUGGAUUUAGGCGGCUUGAUAUAGCCAAUCAUAUAUUACCAUUAAUCUCAGAGGUCAGCUGUCGUUAACAACGCCUUUCAAGAAAAUGCAGGUGAACUUUUCAGUUAUUCAAACAGUAGAAAAUGGAGGAAACGGGAGUAGGAAUACAGGUGGUUUUGCGCUAAAGUCCAGGAAAUUUACCUAUUCCCGUGCCCUAAUCCUAGCCUUAAAAAUGCUUUGUGCCUUAUUAACUUAAAGGUUAUUCGGUAGGAAACGAGAAUAUGAACUCCCUCCCCUAUUCCGAGGCCUUACACUAAAUUCCAGGGAGGCUAGGUUUAAAAUUAAGGUUUGGGUGGUUGAGUUUAGGGCGCUUGUUAAGAUGCGGUCUGGGGUUAGUGUUAAGUUUAGGCUUGGGACACGACUAGGUACCAUUCCUAGAAUUUGGCACAAUGCCAGCUAUAUUGCUGAGAGAUUCCUAUUGUCGUGUCUUGACGUAAAAAGAUUUAUUUGACUCCAAUGCAUGUUUUUAUGUAGUAGGCAAGCAAAAAACAAUCCACUAUUGUUGUACAGAUGCCCGGAGAUUAUAUACAUAUAUCAGGCUACCUAAAUCAAAUAAGUACAAAUGAUAUAUGGGUACAGUUCACGUGGGUUCUUAUUCCCCUGUCUUACUGGGUAAACUUCUGAGAUUAUUACGCGUUAAGACAAGCCCAAUUUGAUCAUAAGGUUUGCUUCGUUUUAUGCCAAAAAGUACUGACUAAUCUGUUGCAUUUGUUCGAUUUUAGAAGACAUAAGUAACCUUCUGUUACUGGCACUCUCAACUAAUCGCCCCAGUUUUAUUGGUCAGUUGGCCAUGUUUAACCUCGAGAAGAGCCUACAGGUGAAGUUAGAACAUUUGCGGAUGCUGUACAAUCGAGGUGCCGGUGCCGACAACCUUCGGAUUAUACUUCGGGCUUGUGGCAUCAAACAAAACCCUGAAGAAGGUGAUGAUUCCGAUAGUGAGGACGAGGUGUCGGACGAAGAUGAGCAUGCGAAGGAGAAGGAGGAAACAAGAGUGAAAGGCCUGGCGACACCGAAGUUGCAUCAACGCGUUUCUCAGUCUCCCAUCUACCUGGAGGAAGUCUAUCUCUUACUAAAGAGCAUUUUUGCUGAAAUGGACAUUUACGCGUAUAAGCAGGAUAAGGUCGUAAGUUUUGAACUAUUUUACUCGUACUUUCAUGGCUCGCGUGCAAAAUACCUAGGGAAAAUUGACCCGGCAGCUAUCGUUAUGUGAGCACAGAAAAUAUUGAUUUAAGUGUAGAACUCUUUUCAUUUUUCUUUUAUCCACUGAUUUACACUAGAUUAGUAAAAAUUACGCACAGUGACGGACUUUAUCAAUCGAGUGCUCGGCCUAUAUUUAAGUUGCCUCAUUCCGAGUUUUAAAACCGCACACAAGGCUUCGAUAAAUUCGAUUGAGCGUCCCGAGGCAUCCAUCAAAUAAACGGUAUUUGAUACCUACCAGUCGUUUAGAUGGCGGUAAGUUCAAAUUCAAAGCGGCGGCUUCGCUUGAGCUGACUGGCGUUGUUGACUGUUUUUCAACGAAGAGGCAGAACAUGUGUCGACGACUCUCCUUAAAUGUUUAAUAACCAGCACUGACGAAGAUUCGUUAAAACGUCUUACUGUUCCUCUCUAGAGUUUAGGAAACAUGCCAAAAAGCCUUUUAUUAUUAAGUUCUAAAUUGAUGGGCGUCACAGCCAUGUCUGGCAUUCAGCUCAAAGGCAAUGCCUAUCGACUUCAUCACGCCCCGAACAGAGACACUUGCCAAAGGCCCAGACACAUGCUUCGAUGAGUUCUAGCUGUUGCCCUGUGCAACUGCGAUGGGUUAGGCUCGUCCGUCGAUCUCCAGCAUUUCUGUUCAAUUUUCUUAAAGACUGGAACAUAUCUUGGGUUUCCCGUAAUCAGUCGACCAUACCCGGGCGGAAUGGAGACUCAUAUGUGAUCUUGUCUUUGCGCGAUUCGACCUUCCCAGGUCAAAAGGGAGCUUUACUGAUUGGUCAAUUUUUUUUAAAUGGGUGAAUUAUUUAGCAUUCUCGGCUUACUCCUAAGUUGGAGACACCAUGAAGGUUGCAGAUGAUCAUUUUAUUCAUUACCUUUCGUGAGCAUAAAUUCCAUGUAAAUAAAAGAAACCCUCAGUUGGCCGCCGGCCUGGGAAAAACGCGCUGGUCUCGACGGAUUGAACCCGCGACAGAGAGGACGACGUUUGCGUCAUGCGUUUGAAUCCCACUGAGGCCACCGAGUUUUGCACAUUUGAGAAUUGUUCAGGUUAUUUAAACUUGUCAACACACCCACUAAAACAAUUAUUGUUUUAGUUUCUACCUCCCCCUUCGACAGCGCAUUUUCUCCUCGAUCAACAACACACAGAGGAAGUUAGUCCUCAAAGAAUACGCAGCAGACACCUUACGGGGGAAUUCUUUUCAUGAAAGUAGAAGUUUUCUCCAGACUCGUGAGAAUGCCUGUAAACUGGCCUUAAAUAUUAUUCUUUUUUGGAGCUUGAACCCUGCUGCAUCAUGCCGGUCAAAUAUUCCUGCAAUUUAGGGCGUAGUUUUCUAUUCAAAUAAACCAUUUGAUAUGGAAAGCGGAUACGCCAAGCCACGCCGAUAAACACUGUAUUGCGCAGACGGUAGACCCGGAAAUUCGAGAUAUUAUUCCAGCUAUCACAUACUUAAAAUACCGUAAGAUAAAUAUAGUCUUGGAUUCUUAGGCAUUUUGCCACGUCAUAUCCCUUCGACGGAGGCGGAGCGAACGGUCGAUGAAUCAAUUACAUGCAACAACCUUCGUCAUAGUCUGUGUAGAGAGAAUUGCAUUAGAGUGUAACAUGACCGUGGAGUCGGAUAUAGUAAUGUAGUCGAAUUUCUCAAAACCUUCUGCUUCGGUCCUAUAAAAUGAAGAAACGGUCGUUUUGCAUGUCCGAAGCGGUUGGUCUAUCGUCAGCCCUUACUGCGACCUUCUGCACCGACCGCUUCUAUCUCGUAGCCCAUGCCAGUCUGAUGACACGGAAUAACUGCCCCAGCGUUGUAGAGGGGAGGCAGUCGGUGGUUUUCGACUAAACACAAGCACAGAUGUCUGCUCGUGGCCAGCCACAAUUGUUUGCGAUGACCUAACUCAGGUUACAGAUACAAACAGCAGAACAUAAAUGACUUCAAGAUCUUAAUCAGCGAUGAGAUAACUCCAACAGCCGCGUCCUGUUGAAUGGCAUAGAAAAUGUACGAGAAUCAACUUAACGAGCAGGGUUAUUGUUUCAUCCAACAAACCUCUUAUUUUUUUAUUGCAGUUAAAUCAUCCUGAAUCGCUUGCGAAAGUAGGAGAUUUCUUCCGAGAAAUUACUGGGCCACAUUGCACAUCGAGAAUUCUCCGUGUAAUUAUAAGUCGUUUGAGGGACGGAUCAGUAUGAUCUAUGCCACUGCUUUUAUCUUUCGCGAACCUCUGCUUUGUACGAAACAUAUCGCACAGGAGUUAUAUCUCACUUGCAGCAGAAGUUCUUCCAUGAGAAGACAAAAAGCUGAUUUCUGGGAAGGAUUGCCUAUGCAUGUGCUUUGCUCCCGGAGACAUUACAAUUGCGUAGUCUUUUCUCGCUGACUCCGAUUGGUCGUUUCUUGUUACUGCGUGUGUGACGGAUGAUUUCUCUAUGCUGGCGGUUUACUAACUCGGCGCAUUUUUGAAUGCCGCCCAGACUUGCAAGUGUUUGUUACUUCGAACAAAUCUAUCCUCCUCUUCCGCCAGAAAUUGACUUACUUUCUCUAAUUAAAAAGUCAAGUCCAGCGAACGUACGCUUUCGAUCAUUCAUUAUCAGCUCUGAAUUCAGCAUUGCCGGAGAAAGUCUGUUAAGUCAGCAGAACCGACGAAGACAUAGACUUCAAAAUUUAAAAUUGAUUGAUGACAUUUCAGGACGCUGAAACGGCAGACCACCUCAAUGAGACGGUAACAGAACCUUUAAAGGUGAGUAAAAGUUGCGUUUCUUAUAUUUUUAUUUGAUAAAAAAGUUGAAAAACAAAGAAUCACGUCAUUCGCAAACGUUCAUAUUUAGAUUUUCCAGAACCUGUUUACUCUAAUAUUUCGUUCCUUUACCGGCCUACUGCUCGUUUACGAGUGACCUGUGAAAUGUCUCAAAUAUCCGAGAGGUCAAGUCGGCUGGGGUAAGAGAGAUUGGUGAGGCCAUUUCUAGUUUACUGACCGUCAUCAGCUAGUCAUGACCCAACCUGUUCGGAAGCACCCGAAACUAAGAAUCCGAUUUUGGUCAAUCACAGUCUCUUCCCCAUUUCUUCGCUGCCUGUGCAAGAUCAGCUAACCUUCGCUGAAAUUCGGCACAAUGGAUGUCGUGGCAUCUAUCGUAUCUAUGAAAAUAACUAAUCGCUUAAGCCGAAUCAUUGUAUUUCAAAUAAUCCAUGACAUGAGGCCAUGUGGGGCCGCUUCUACCUUGACAGAAACGUGACACAACCCGUUUGAGGACCCGAACACAAUUUCAGCCCUUCCUCACAAACCUGUCACAUUGGUUUUGCCGCCUGAUGGGCGCUUCCUCCCGCACCUGUCGUCGACGUGAACAAUGGUUUACUUUCAGAAUAUUUUUCAGUAGGCAGGUGGAGAUGAGGAGACUGCGUUCUCCGAGGUUUUUUAGUAGAAUACUAUUGAUGUUCCCAUUGCAUGACCACAAAACUUUGGUCUGUGUCUUCUUAUGAACUGAAGUCUCCGAGAAUAAUCAGCUUGUCGUAUUUCAACACUGCUGCGGGGAGAGUGGGCUGCUUGGCUCUUUAUGAUGCCAGAACUAGGUAUCGGCGAUGCGCGGGUCUUAAUGAGGAUGACGAAGUGGAGGUCGCAUUACGCUCUGGUGGUUCUUCCUGCCUCCACAGAUGAACGGCUGCUCUUCGGCAUGCCGCUUUUGGUUCUGACGGCUACUCUAGCCUGUCGUAGUUUUUUAAAACAGUUAUUGCAGAGGAAGGUGCGUGCUGUUCCCACUUACGCCAGCUAUCACUAUUCGGAGAAGAACUUCGCUUGCUUUCUUAAAGUCAGCGUAUCCUAUAUGGUUAUCAGUUUUUUCUUGUCUGUUUAUAAGGCCCACCCAAACUUGUAUGAAUUAAUAAUUGGGCAAGAUCUCCCUUCGUAGCCGAACUUCGAGACGAUAUUCUUGUGCUACUCGCUUGCUAUCAGUAGGCGUUAUUAUCUUGAGUUCGUAAUCCUUCGGUUACGGUUAGGUAUUGGGGUUCAGCCUAAGGUUUGGGUUGCUGCGUACAAGCCACCUGCAACCAUUGAAAAAAAUUAGUAAUUUUGUCUUUAAACUGCACGAAUGAAACAUACCAUUUCAGAGUAUAAGUAACUUGUAAAAACAGCGUCCUCGUUGUGCCAUGAAAAAAUCCCCAAUCAGCUAUUUCGAAAGACGAAGUUGGAAUUGAGCGGUUGCCCCUUUAUGGCACUGCACUAUGCCCUUUUGUUUUGGGCAUAUUCCGGCCAUCUUUCUUUCACCUGCAUACAGAUUUAUGCUGUCAAUCGGACGAGCAUGCAUCUUUCUGGUUAGAUAUGCCCGAUCACCCUAUAGUUUUUGAGAAGACAGCUCAACGCGUUUUUUCUUACAAUUUCACACCGUAUCGUCGGGCUCAACGCGACUUUUGUUUCGAAACUUAAAGCACCUCUUCAUCUGGGCUACCGUCAUGGAUUAUCCCGAGUUAGCGCGAACUCUGUUGCGCUCCUCCUCCAAUCCAACCUGCAUGGCUCUAAUCGGCAGCGCCAUCUACGACUUCAAUAGCAAGCGCAUUCCUUCCUAUAACAGCGAAGCGAAAAGGCAUUGCGCACAACAGGCUGAGGCAUUUGAGGAGAUUGCAUGUCAAAUCGCUUCUGGGAUGCAUUACCAAAAUAGGGUAAGCCGGGUUACUUUGCUUGACCUUCAUGACUGGCUGUCAAAAAUACAGUAUUGUUGAAUUACAAGGCGAGCCUGCCACCAUCAAAGGCAUGCAUCUUGUUGCUCGGAUGAGGUCUUGCUUUCCCAACUUACUACCCGUUUUUUUCUCAGAGGAAUACCUCGAGGAAUAUGAAGGACUGUAGUGACCACUGCUCACUGUCGUUUUUGGCUACUGUCGCUUUGUGCAGGAAACUAUAGUUCCACGUGCACAUGCACUUCUACCGGCACUUCUUCAUAUGCGAUGCUCAACAGUAACAGAUCUUAAGAGGUUGACUUAACCUUUUCUCCAACCAAAACAGUGACGAGCAGGGAACGUCUCCGUGUCUCGAAGAACUGCGCGAACUAGCUUUAGACCUGAUCUCAAAUGUGCCGCCCCUAGUCAGGCAGUAUUGUCGGAUUUCGGGCAGCAACACUGUACUCUUUUGACUUAGCGGGCGAGGACUUGUCAAAACCACACCAGCCCUCUUUGUGAAUGGUCUUCUCAGUGUUAUCCCUUCGAGCUAGAACUGUUUCGUUGGAUACGAAAUCAAGGUUUUUCACCCACUUCUUUCUCAUUCUCCGACAAAGGCGGGCGAAAGCCUCCAUUUACUCAAUAACCCUCCAUGCGCACGGCCUAGAAUUAGCGAGCUCAUGUGAGGAAUUAGCGGCCGGUGCGGUCUGCGAUAGUGCAGACGGACAUAGGGCAAAUUAUAGGGACUUCAAAUUCGAGUCGUGUACGGGAAUAAAGUGACACUGGUGGUAAAAAAAAGAGCUAUGUAUGCGGAUCAAAGCUCCUCAGCUGUCGUGUAGAACGCUAUGGCGAGUUUUUUUUCGUGAAACCAGGAAUGUUGCGAUGCCUGGUGAUGAGUAGGAUGCAAUUUAUUUGAUUUCUUGAUUGUGACUUCACAUGAGUCUCGAUUUCCCCCUAACUAGGCCUGGCGACUGUCCAGUUGGGAACAAGUCCUGCGUGGCACAUACUGAUGGAUUGUUUGACCUCGUUAAUCACUGCAAGCACUCCAACUACCUGCUUUCUGGAUUAGUUUUGUCGCCCGAAGACGUAGAUGUGGGAAGGUAGAGGGAGAGUGAGUGAGAUUAAUGCUACGCAAGUUCACCACGUGGAGUGGUGGUGGACGAAUCAGAAGCCAAUAUUUUACUGGAUGCAGUCGCUACAGAGUUGUAGGAAUUACGCCCAUGGAGGUUCGACUGAUGAAACGAUAGUUUGCCUAUUUUUGUGUCCUUCUCAGUGUCCGCGUUGAUGGAACGCCAUCUAUUAUCUGAGAUUCUGACAAAAUCUCAUGGUACAAAGAAUGCUUAAAUGGACUGCGAGUUGCAGCUGUAUUGCUGAGGCCUAGGAGGUUUGAGAGGGGGGAGAUAACAGAUUGUAAUGUUUCCUUUUGCUGAACUCUGGAGUGUCUUGGAUAACAGAUUUCUCUUCGUCGAUAAGGGCAUCUGUAGGAAUCUCUAGUUUCGCGCCCUUUCAUCGAAGUACGACAUUAAGCUUUAUUUUAACAUAUUGAUUAUCUUCACCAAUCCUAAGCCUGCGGUUGCCUAAGAAAUUGAUCUAAAACCUCGCCGCCCACGCAGGCACUCCGAUCUUCCGUGAUUACACGAGCCGAGUCAGAUCUGCCUGUCUUGGUCUGUUCUCAGAAUAUGUCAAGUCUAUGUACUUCCAUCAACUGCCAGUCAUUUUUAUCAUUAGAAUUCAAGUUUUGUCACUUUGCUACGGGCGUUAAUCCUGGCUUUGUCUUCUUCCAUCCCAAGCGAGACGAGUCUAUGGCAGGGGUCGAAUACACCGCCCCGGUUCCAUGUAUAAACGUAAUGUGGGCAUUGAAAGUAAUGUAAGCCGAAGGGGGUUGCUGUAAUCAUUAGUGGGGAAAGCUACCGAGGCUAAAACGGAAAAGGCAACCUGACGUAUGACAAAUCUGCCGCGAGACUGAAGGAAGCCUAGAAUCUCCGCAAAAGACCUGGUUGACAGUAAGUGCGGAACAGCAAUAGCCCAAACCUAACGGUAAACCUAGCCGCAACCUCAAAAGUAAACCUAAUCCUUAACUUAAUUAUAAACUUAACGCCAACCCUAAACUUGACAGUAAAUCUAACCAUAAACCUAUCACAAACACUAGCCUGGCUCUAAGCCCAAUCAUAACCCGGACCCAAAUCCUAACCCUAACAUUAACCGUAACCCAAACCCUAACCCUGGUCUUGACCAUAGCCCUAAGACUAACUUUACUCGUAGCCCUACCCUUACCCUAACCCUGAGCUCAACCUUAGCACUAAGCGUAAACCUAAACCGCAAUCCAAGCCCUAACUCUAACCGGAACCCUUAAACUUAACACAAACCCUAACCUUAAACUCAAUUCUCAGCCUCACACCAACCCAAACCCUAGAACUAACCCUACCUCUAAACCGAAACAACCGGUUGCCUUUCCUAUUUUAGCUUUGGCUACUUUCCCACUAACGACUUCCGCGUCCUCCUUCGGCUUACUGUACUUUCAAUGCCCCAUUGCGCUUAGACUUGAGACAGGGACAGCGUAACCGACCCCUACCGAGUCUCUCUCUCUCUCUAUACAUUUCUUCUCCAUUCCGUUCUGUUACUUAAUGUCUAGAUGACCUCUCUGAUGUACAAGAUGUCACCGUUCAGGCACAAUGCAUCCAGGCUAAUCGUUUUUUAGGCCGAGAAGAGGAUGGGUCCGGUUGCAUGAACUUGGAGGUUAUGGACUAAGUCCCCGGAGGAAUCUGAUGUGGCAUCGGAACAGUCUUCCAUAUUCUGCGUGAGCGUUGUCAGUGUGAGGUUCUUCAACCCGCACGCCAUGCAAAUAUGUCUUUUGAGAUGUGUCGUACCCAGGUCAACUUCAAUGAGGAUGUGACGAUGCUCUGACAACAGAAUAAUUUGAUCCCGCCAGAUACUGUGGCUGGUAGAGGUUCCUGUGGGAUUUCUAUGACUGGUCUGUUCAACUAACUGGAGCCCGGGCCCUCUCUCAUAGGUUUGGCCAUCGUUGGAGUCCAUCGCCAGCCGAAGCCGAAGGAUUUUGUGGCUCUGCUUGCGUCCACCCAGGAGGACUUGAACAUGGACUGAAAGGCGGAAAGAAAGUGCCCAUGUCGGUCCAUGCAACUGUUAAAUGACUAAACACCACCAGAUAAAUUAAACCACAACUAUGUGAGCUAGGACAGAUAACGCAUUUGGCAAAUCAUAAGAAAAGGAGGUGUUCACCGGUAAACGCCUUCUUUUCUUUUGAGAUAACGCAUUGCUAAGGUGUGGGCAGGUGCUACGUAUAAGAUCACGUUUUAUGCUAAGCGAGCGACUUGCUCUCAAUCCCAGAUAUUUAUGUCUGCAGUUAGAUAUCAUUAGGUACCAACUCUACCUUCUCGGAACUCCCUGAGUUUUGUUUUGCGAUUUCUUACAACGCUUCUGUGAAACAAGGCCGAAUAUGCUUUAAGGUAAGACAUGUAAUUUGGUUAGAUCAUUAAAAUUUAUUGCGCCAGUUUCAGAAAGUUAUGCACUUGCCUGCCAACGGGGUAGAGAGUACUUCCAUGCCGUGCUACCUAUGCUGAAAUUUAUGUUUUAACACUGGGCUUUAAAUCCACACAGCUUUAAUGGGAAAAAUUUUCUAGGCCACCAAGUCGGACUCCGCUGCCUAGUUGAGCCAUCUAUUUUAUAAACCGGAUGGAAGCGACUAUGCGAAUCCCAGGUUCUUGUUGUAAAGAAGAUGAAGACCCGAUCUCUGGGACAGUAGGUAUAUUAGUCUGAGCUUUCGGUCUCGUACAGGAGGACACCGUCAGAGAAUGUGAGAAUGCGGCAUCCAUUGAGCAGUUUUUGCAGUCAAGCCAUGAAGGGGAGGGGUAUGAGGACAGAGGGUGGUAUUCGCGAUAAGCUGAGUCCCGCGCCAGCUCACGGCGGCGUGACUGCGUGCACCCUUGGCUGCAAAUUGGGUCUCGCCUCUUGGCCGCGGGAGCGGAGCGCGUGCUAGCAGGAGGGUAUGUCAACGUGUCAUUAUGUACCACCUCUACUUUCUCGGAACUUCCUGAGUUUUUUUUUCUGAUAUCUCACAACGCUUCUCUGAAACAAGGCCGGAUAUGCUUUAAGGUAAGACAUGUAAUUCGGUUAGAUCGUUAAAAGUUACUGCGCCAGUUUCAGAAAGUUAUGCGGUUAGAUGAUACUUGGUAGCCCUCCUGACACCGCAAACUCCCAGCUGCCUAUCAAUCGGGACGGGUGGUAAUAAGAGCUAUACGGGUGGGGCAAUUGUGUGGACGGGUAAUUGGCGAUUGUAGUAUAUGCUAGGAAUUGACGCUACAGGUAAAGUGGAAGCCUAAUUUAGAUUAGGUGAAAAAUACAAGGAAGGUAUGGAAAUGAGCGAGGAGACUUUGAACGGUGUGCGGAAUAAAUGCAUCCUAGCCUCAGAUUGGAAAGAAAAGCAAGUGAAGGCGAACAACCAGUGGGAAGAAGGCAACUGGUCCGAAGGUCAUUCCGCAGUGUGUGCGAUAGAACUCCAUCCAACAUAGUGGACAGAAGAACACGAGAGUCAAGCAGCGGCACGCGGGACGCCACAACGCAAGCCGGGUAAGACUUUUAUGCGAAAAAUUGGUUUUGGCGGAAGAGAAAAUCCGCAAAUAAUGAGGCAGUCGAAAGCUACCUCUGCUAAUGAAAGUUGAUAAAGGGUAAGCCUCAUUGUCAUCGUUACCGGUGCCAAUCCGCCCAAGAUGGUACCUCUACAAUGAAUGAGGCAGACAAAAGCUUCCUCUUCUUUUGAAAGUUGACGUAGGGAUAGCCUCAUUCUCAUCGUUGCCGUGCCGAUCCGCCCAGGAUAGUACCUCCACAAUGAAUCUGGUACAGGUAAUACAGCGCGCGCGUAAAUUUAGAAGCAUAAUGAGAACGUAAUCAUAGCUACUGAAAUUAAGCCAGUAGGUACAAUUGUGGAUUCUGUGGGCACGCCUGCCAACUACCUCUUCUAAUGAAAGUUGAUAUAGGGUAAGCCUCAUUGUCAUCGUUUCCGGUGCAAAUCUGCCCAGGAUAGCGUCUCUAAAAUGAAUCUGAUACAGGUAAUACAGCGCGCGCAUGAAUUUAGAAGCAUACUGAGAACGCAAUCACAGUUACUGAAAUCGAGCCAGUAGGAACCAUUGUGGAGUCUGUGGGCACGGCUACCAACUAUCAUCUUACCAGUUAUGCUUUUGCCUGCCAACGGGGUAGAGAUUAUUUUCAUGUCAUGCUACCUAUACUGAAAUUCAUGUUCUAACACUGGGCUUUUAAUUCACACAGCUUGAACGGGGAACACUUUCUAGGCCACCAAGUCGGACUGCGCUGCCUAGUGGGGCCAUCUAUUUUAUAAAUCUUUUCUCCUCGCGAUUUUUGUGUUACGCAGGCGUGAAGAUUACUGGCAACACAACAGCAUGUCGCCUGUCUUAGCCGACAGUAAAGAGUUUUCUGUCAAGCAUCCUGUUGUCCAAGUUCUUUCAUUGAUCUGAUAGAAUUUUUACAGAAAUGGAUCUUUUAGAGGUUCACCCAGUCUUUCGGUUCCGGCAGAUUGGACCCUUGAGCUGUGUCAAAAUGCCAACUUUUCGGCCUGUUUUUUGUGCUCUCAGACGAUCGCCCUAGACUUGGUCAACGUCCCUCAUGAGUUCCUCCUUGGCACAAAUCUUCUUUGGGUGUGUCGCAGCACCUCUCGAGUGAGCUUCGGUGUGACUCCGCCCGUUCAAACAACGGCUGCCAUGGACUGGCACAAUGGCAUAGAUUCCUCCCUCCCAGUCUUCCUGUUGACUCUGAUUUGUCCGCUCUUACUAGCCGUUGACCGACUCCAGUCCUGGGCUGAGGGCCCGAUGGACAACGAGGAGUGCAGUAUCGAGAAGGCGAAUCUGUGUGAAAGGAUGAGACGUUUCUACAACUCGGCGAGAGCAAAGCAAAUGCUAGAGUUUGCAAGUCCAAUCGCGCUUUUAACUUUUAAUGUUCUUUGCCUAAAGGAAGCAUUAAGUUGAACUCUUUUAGUAAAUGCAUUGACGUAUAUGUGGCACAGUGGAGUUAGUGGAGUUAUAUCCUAAUUUAUGGGCAUGCGUGUGCCUACUGUGCCAGGGUACUGCCGGUUGCUGGUGGCAAAUACACCAGGAAGAUCAAUCCCAGUCUCCUGUGUCUUUUUCAGUAGCAUACCACUAUGCCUUUUUGCGCUUUCUCAUAUGUCUUGCAUUUCAGAUGAGUGCGAGGGCCAAACAAGCGCAUUAGGGAGGGUCUGUAGCAGUCGGAAUAGGACCGAAUUAUCCAGUUGGUUAAUAACUUUCCAAGCCACAAUCUUUACUGCUUCAGCGAGCAGUGUGCUCUCACACUCUAACCCACUCCAGCACGAAGAAGCAUCCAAACUACACUGACAAAUAUUAGUUCAUGGGACGGUAAUGUCGAGAGUUAAACUUUAAGGUGCUGCCGAGGCACUGGAUAGUCGUCAUCCCUAGACCGUAUACGGCCAGCAUGCCAAUAUACAUCGGUUUCUGUCCAAUAGUAAUUAUCCGACGAUAUGAUUGACUGAAAAAAGCACAAAUAACUCAAAAAUAGUCGCCGUCGUGGUGUUCAUCUUCCUUAUCGGUCUGGAACUAAUAGUUAAAAUAACUGACCCCUCUGUCGUACCGAUGCGAACCUCUCCUGUAGAAAAUGUGGUUUGCGAAUCUCUUUAACUGAGUCAAAAUAUAAAUCCUCGAUAUGUUUUUGCGACCGAUUUCAGAUUACCUACCUGGCGUUCCUGUUUCUACUAACGGCCCUCUUGAUGGUGGAAGAAACUGCACCGCGCAUAAGUGCGCUGGAAAUCUUUGUGGUGGUUCACUACAUGAUCUUCUGCAUAAUGGAUGUGGCGACGGUAUGUGAGGAUAUAUCUGUCUAAUCAUCCUCUAUGUUUAAUUCAUCAAAUAGUAGCGUGUGUCUAGGACUUUCAGCUCAACAAUUUUUUUCGUUUGUACAUAAAUUAAAAGGUUUGCAGGAUGACAGAAUGCUAAGAUUGGAACUAUUCUCUCGACUUAAUAUAUAAAUCAUCAGGAUGGAACUAAGGGAUAUUUCUCUGAGCAGCCAAUGCAGAAUCCAGAUUGCGAAUAAAAUGGUGCCAGUUGGAAAAAUUCCUGAUGGCCCUUUCCAGGCAAACAUUCAAACAUGCUGUAGUAGCUCAAAUGAGACGGCUUAUUGGUCAGUGGUUGAUCUUGCCAAGCAGAAGCCCGCUUAAGAAGUGGCUGGCGAAUGCAGUAAUAGAUCUAAUAAUUCAGUAGUAGUUAUUUGUAUAAGAACGACAAAACGUAGACCCAGAAACCUUCAAAAUCCGUGUUGGCAAACAUUAUGCGAACUGCGCGCACAACGUACAAGGCUCGAAUUGCUUUAGACAAAAUAAUCACCUUCGUCAUCUGUUACCAUGAUCCGAAAGAAGUAUAAGGUUACCGACAAGGACACGGGAAACUGGAAUGGUCAUUUCGACCUAUUAGCCGUCAGCAGCCAGCCAAACCCAGUCCCUGGACUGCAACCCCUCAGGUUCGAUUCCGCGACCUUUUGGUUGAAAAUAUGACGCUCUAACCAUUAAGCCACGGGCUUGCCGUCCUAUCGGUUGAGGGGCGCUCAGUGGUCGCGUUACGAGACACACUCACCCCAAGGCACAACGGAACAAGUGUGUCCGGUGAGACGAUUGGUGAGCGGUUCUCUAUCAUCAAAACCGACAGGACAACGAGCCCGUGACUCAAUGCUCAGGGCGUUGGAAGUCUAACCAACAGGUCGCGGGGUGGAGCAUGAGGGGUUGUGAUACCUGGGAGCGGCUAUGGCCGGAUAAUGAUGGCUAAUGCGCCGGAAAGGGCCGUUCUAGUCCCCCUUGUCUUUGUUGGUAAUGUAAUUCUGCGUGCACUAAUAAGCUCUGGGUGACUUAUGACGAGGCAUGAGAUGGAACCUCCAGGCACAACGGAUGAGCGUGUCUUGUAACACGAUUUCUGAACGCUCGCCUACCGUUAUAUAUAUACAUAUGCUUAUGACCCAUCUGCUUCACGCGUGACCUCGUGUUUGUAUUUCCGUUCACAAUUGGUGACAAAGGUUAUUAUUGGCAGAAUGAGGGCAGGACAAACCCGAAACAGUUUUGUCCCGUCUUCAUUGGCGUCUCCCCAUCUCUAAUAUAAAGACACAUAUUUCUAUUGUAGUUCAUUCUCCACUGGCAUAUGUCGUCCUGGUCAACGGCAUUCCGGAGCUCCAAGACCACGCCAUUUUCUCCCUUUAACUACUUCACUUAUGUGGUCUUCUGGACAUGGUUCCUCCUCAGAGUGAUUAGUUUCCAGGACUUAUAUUUUGUGAGAGGCUUUAUGGCCUUCUUUCGUGAGUCUACUUAUUUAAAAUUAUCCACGCUUACACAAUGCGGAAUCUGGCCUUGAGUUUUUUGAAUCCUACGCUUGCUGGUCCAUCAUUUAUAAGAAAAAAAGUGAUCAUGGAAACCGUGGACACGUCUAGGAGCGCAACCACUGGGCGUGCGUAAACGUUUGGCUCAAGGAUUUUUGACAGACAACAGGAAAGUGCUAUGACGGCACCUUAUAGGUUCUUUUGGGUAGGAUGUGAUUUUGUAGUCCCACCUGAAGUUAACAAACCCCAGUCACCUCUAAUGCAGGACCGGUGGUAAUGGGGGUUUUUACAGGUGGAGCCGGAGAACGCACAGGCGACGAGUUCAAGUAGUUGUAUGCAAAAGAAAAGCUAUUGGGGAUGCGUGGUUGAGAAGUGGUCACGCUAACCCCUAACUGUAACUGUAACCCCCUAAUCCUAAACCCCAACCCUUAGCCCCAACCCUAACAGUAUUGUAUCCAUCAGGUGUAGCUACCAAAUCAUAUCUUACCUUCUUUUGCUCCCAAUCGUUCUCUGAUACUGCAUGUUUAUUUCUAGCCAGACUGUUAUAUCCCCAAUUAGUAUGACGCCAGUUCUGUGCGGAAUAGAAGACAGGCAGGAUAGGAGAGAACAGCUUUACUGCGUCAGUCACCCUGUGUACAGCAACUCUUAAUCCUUCCGUUCAUGGCUUCGUAUUGAAGGGUUCAACCUUCGUCUGGUUUGUGUGUUCCUAUUGGUCCAGUCCGGAGCGCCCGCAUGGGCAGGCCCUCGCGUGUUGCUGACCCCUGGGGGUCGCGCAUGACUCAGCGGCGUGCUAAUGUCUGGCUCACAUGCGGGCCUCCUAGGCGAGGCUGUGCGGCAAGUUUGCGGUUCUUUGUCAGGCGUGACCUCCGGACGACAGGAACGGUGCGUCGUGUUCUGGGCCGUCCUAACACAGACUCGUAGUCUUAUCGACUGAAUUUCGUGUCAGCAGGCAUCCCCACAUUUGGUUAGCCAGUAGAGAGUGGCCUCGCCCCUAAAACGAGCCUCGCGGUUUAUCCGCCGGAACAAUACUGGGGCUAGAUUAGAGUCCGACCGGCGUUAUAGGAAUACGCACCCCAUAACAAAUGCCAAAAUUUGGGUGUGGUGGCAGGCCCAGUUGCCGUCAACCCUAUUUUUGUUGUGGUAUAAAAUCCUGAUCAAUGUACUUUGUAAACCAGUGUGUGGUGCUACGUCUAGGUGCGGGUUUACGCCGUGCCAGCCACCUGUGCCCUCUCCCGCCUCCGGUCUUCUUGACUCUGUCUUGACACUGGGUCCAGGUGGGACAGGAGUGUUAGGCGAGGCCGGCUUAGGCCACUCUAACGUCGCGCGCAUGGGCUGCCCCUCGACCCGUUCACACGGCGUGUGCGUGUUGAGAUCGCGCCAGCCACCGGCCGGAUUGGAGAAGCGCCCAGCCACUCAGAUGAGUCAGAAGACCAGUCCACAUGCUAGCAUGUCAAGGCCAUGCUCUGAUUGGUUCAAAUGCAGGCCGCCCUUGUACAUUCUAUAUCUAUCCUUUAUCACCAGGUUUUGCUGUUGGGACGUCAGCAGUGGACCCGUGUUCUUCACCAUUGCUGUUGAGUUCUUUUUUGAGGAUUCGAUCGCGGCGAGUUGUAAACCGGGCCACCCGUUAAAAGCAUUAGGGCUAGAACAUUACAGAGAGUGCGGUAGAUGCAGCGCAAUUUUACUAUCACUAUAAACUAAUUCAUUCGCAAGUCACCGUUCCUGCUCUCACCUUGCUGUGGAACACAUGAGAGACAUCGGCAGCAACGGUCGAACUGCCGUCGAGGAGGUGAGGCAACGAUCGGGUGCUGUCAAUGCUAAAGAUCAAUUCAAUAUAAAAGCCCUUAACUGCCCAUCCCUAAGACGCCGCAGGACUCACGUACUGAAAAACCAUCGAACUGCCCCUUACGCCCCCUCCCUUCCCACACAGAAGGGUGAUAAGUGCCAGAAGUUCUUGCCAAAUCCCUGAAACAGGCUGAACCAAUGAUUGCCGAGACAUGCGAACUUCCUAAAUGGUGGUGGGGCGCUCAUUGAUCGUUAUUUCGGAAUUCACUCGUUACGUUGUACCUUACGGGCUCUUGUUCUCUCGAGCCCAACCAGCAGCCGCACAGCGGCGCAUAAUAUAGGCAGAAUGUUAUUGCCGACAAAGACAAGGGAGACUGGAAUGACCAUUUCUGGCUUAUUAGCCGUCGCCAAUCAGUCAUACCCAACCCCGAGGUGUGGAACACCUGAGACUCGAACUCGCGUCCAACGCCUCUAACCAUUGGGCCACAGGCUCGUUGUCCCGUCGGUUCCGAUCGGGAAUAUACAAUGGUGGGGGGGGGGGGCAACCAAUCGUUCUUGCUGAACGAGUGAGUUCCAUUCCAAUCUCCCUUGUCUUUGUCAAUAAAAACAUUCUGGACUUGCUAAAGUUCACAGAAUUGACUUCCCACCUUAUCCGAUAGGCUGCAUAGUUGGUGCUUCAAACUACAAAACUCAUAGGUGGCAAUUCAACUAUCCAACAGAGGAAAUUUAUGUGAAAUAACUCGUACCCCAAACACUUGACCAUCGUAGAGGCCUCGAGUGCCUAGUAUCAGGGCUCUUGGACUAUGCAUACAUCAACAAGUAUAUCGAUUUGCAUGUCGCGCUCAUUUCGAACGAGUAAUGAUCAGCAACACCAGUUUCGACCGAGUAACUAAAUGCAGUGGACGCCGUGUAUGCUCGAAAUUUUGUCCGGUUUUUUACGCUGUACGUAGUCUGACAACGGGUAAGGCAACCAGUUCCGAGAACUUACACAAUAAACUUUAUUCCAUUCCCAAAGAACCUGGCCUAUCUGCGAUGUAUAAAUAAGCAUACUUUGAGGCAUAGACACUCAACAAAAUAUAACAUCGAGAUAAAAAACUUCCUUCGGAAUGCAGUAAACUUCAUCGCGUAAAUCUUAUGUGCCGACUCGCAGGCAAUCGUCAGAUGUACUACAAAUAUGCAGUGCAGGUAACUUUUCAAAAAUGUCUUUAACAUCACUGUUUGAGAUAAGGGGGCUCUUCGGAAAGAAGCCCAGUUGUCCUCGUGAAUUUUCAAGUUAAUGACACCAACCCGUCGUCAGACGAAACGAGUCGGGGAAAGAGUGCUUUUCACAAUAGAGCUCUUAGGGCAUAGCGGUUACACGGAGCUCGGAUGUGAGAGUGCUGGACGGAGAGUUAGGGUAAGUUUCGGAAAGGAAGGAGCAUGUUUACGAGUGAGGAUAGCGAACCAAUGAGACUGUAGACGACUGGGUUAGCGGUCUUUGAUUUGGGGUGGGAGCGGGGGGGGAUCGGUGAAUCGUGCUCGUAGGCCCCCAUAGUAACCGUCUAGGUCAACAUGGAGGCCAGCACUACACAUACUAGAGGAUCCAGCCUUGAGAAAUCCUCUCGCCCCUUUUGUAUUUGCCGUGGCGACGACCUCAGUAUCAUUCCGACUGAAUCUGCGGUCUCACUCGACUGCGUGCGCAAAAACGGAGGACAGGAGGUCACGCUGACGGAUAACUAGAUUGUGUUCGUUAGUACGAGUACCUACGUAUACGCAAGUGCAAUUUUGUGGGAGCGCCGGUUAGGUGCAAGAAACAAUUGUGGUGGGCUGGCAUAGAGGGGGGGGCGAAGCUGGGAGGUAGUAUGGAGGGAGUGGGGGGAAGGGAGCAGAGGAGCCACGUGAGAAGGGACGUGGGGCGGAGGCGCGAACUGGUUCCCGCAUGUCAGGCGGGGCGAAGUGAGGGCUGGUUCAGACAAAAAUCGGUCCGCCUGUUCUCUUUCUUUUUUUUUAUGGUGAUGUACUUUACUCGCAUUCAGCUUCAUAUUCUAACGCAAAAUGGACGACGCAUAAAUCCCAUGCGAGAGGGCUAGUCGUUUUUACUCAACGCAACCAUAGUGUCCCACCUCUUUACAGGAAGCAAAUAUUUUGCCGUGCAACAAUUUGGGUCUGGACCUUCAAGUUCACCAACUUCUCUUUCUCUCGCUCUUUCAGUCAUCUUAUGUUACGUACGGAUAUUUGACUACCUUCUGGUUUUCAAGUCCUUCGGCCCGCGUAUUAUCAUCAUGAAGCCAAUGCUUCAGGAGUUCUCAAUCUUCCUGACAGUCAUAGUCAUUGUCCUCGUUCCGCAAGCCAUUGCUUUACAAAGGCUUAGCUUCCCUUACGUAAAGAGCUUUUCUGCUAAGGAACUCCUACGCAUUCUGGAAUACCCGUAUUAUAACCUCUUUAAGAAAAUAUACCCGGGCGUGCUGAAAGGUAAGUAUGUAAUCAAGCAUUAGAUGUACAACCUCUCCUUUUAGCUUUGAAUCACUAGGAUGGUCUAUUCCGUGCAAGAACAAUUUUGCUACGCUCCAGAUCUGUCAUAAUCCUCUGUGGGGUGUCUAAGUUCCCCUUGCUAGGAAGGGAGGAAUACAUUCUCAAGUUUGAACUAUACCUUUAAGCCGUUAAAUAAAGUAGGGAUGUGAAAACUGCCUGUAAGUCCACCUGCCAUCGUCAAAGGUAACUUAAGAUUGACUUGUAGCCACAGGUGCCUCACAGUUUCAACUCAUGAAUGUUCUGUUUAGGAAGAAUAAUCGAGUGUUGUUCAUUAGAGGGCAUUCUUAACCGUCUCAAAUGAGGCCUUUACUAUAAACGUACCUAGCCAAUAGAUUGUCGAAUGGCUGCGCGGUUGUGCUCAAUUCAAGGAAUUUGAUUCCCAGAACGUACGACUAUUUUAUGGUUUUUUGCUUUUUACCUCAUCGGCAGGCGGCUCGUUGCGUUUUAAUAGGUGUUUUUGGCAGACUUGAAUAAUCCAUUUGAUCAAAUUGUGGAAACCUUGUCUGUCUCGAUGGGAUUAGAAGCGACAACAGCAAGGACUUGAGUACAGCCAAAUCUCCAACCCACCUGAACUACGAGCCCCCACCCCCCCCCCCGGGAGACAUGAGCUUAAACAAAUUUGGGCCAGAUGGUUAGGGCAUUGGCCGGUCCCAGGCUUUGUCCUUGCUGUCUCAUCGAGGUUGCCGAACUUUUCAUAAUUGGGCCAACUGAAUCUUUCGUUUUUUUUUCAGGUGCGUACGAAGACUGUGAUCCCAAUGGAAUCGACUGCCCCCUUGCCAAUCCAAUGUCAAAUGUUCUCCAAGUGCUCUACCUCUUCUUUGCGUUUGUCCUGCUAAUCAACCUACUGAUCGCAGUCUUUAGGUGAGCGGUUGUGCGUUUUAAGCCAAUAAUUUGUAAUCGAUACCGAAAAAGCAAUUUGCUAUCAACACAGCAUGAUGCGGCAAUUGUGUUUUAAUUUUCGUUAUGUUCAUCCCAGCAAUACUCUUAAGUCCCAUAGAGCCCACGAAAUUGGAAAUGCCGAAACGUCUAUCUGAUACACUUUUUAAAAAGGUUGGGAACAUUCCCAUGGAGCAAUUCAGAAGAGCAUUUGUCGAGCUUGCGCGUGCCUUCGAUAAAUUCUCAUUGGGCCUGUAAAUUUACAUGGGAACGAGGUACAAAUUGAAACAUGUGAGUGGUAAGAGCAGUCGAUUACGGUUCGUCCUUUCAUACAAACGGGGUAUGUGAAAAGAGUGGGGAGGGGAAGGGGGAGAGGAGACAGCCAGUGACAGUGAGGGUUAGGCUGAGCCGUGUCACAAGGGGGGGAGGGGGGUGGGGACGCGGAGACAUGCAUACAGUUAAUCGAUCCUGGCCCACGGUAGACGUGGGGCGUGCAAGAGGUUCUUCUGCGCGCACAGGACCGGCCUCUGUGGCCUGAUGGCAGUUGCCUCCGCUGCUGCUAAUAGGAGCUUAGGUCCUUGUAAACCACACGGAAGGCUUCGUUGGGAUCCACACGGUACCCAGAAUCAGCUAUGUGUGCGAACAUGGAGCUGUGUUUGCUCUUAACUUUACCCUUCCUUUGCCAUGCCGGCAGGUGUUCUCGUAAUCUUGAGGAUAGGCGUCGACUCGUACGAGCAAUGUAGCCUGCGCCACAGGAACAAGUAAAGGAGUAAAUGCACAUGAAGGUGGUCUGAGCAGGUAGCCUAUCCUCACCUUCCCCGCGUUAGACGGGCUUGGUUGAAAACAAUACUUGAACUCCUGCUGCCGGGAAGGUCCUUGAAACGUCCUGGUCAAGGCGCCUUCUCAGGAGAUCACUCGCCGCGUCCCCCCCUGAAAAGGGACUUUGAGGAGCAGAGUUUUCUUUUCUGCGGUCGGUCUGAUGAGUUUUGCUGGUCGUUCGGCAAGAUUCCUUACAACAAAUCUGUCAGGAUACUCGUCCUCUCGAAGCAGGUCCUGGAUACUUUUAAGUUCCUCGUUAACGCUAUCUGCCGAACAGAUUUUUCCAGCCCUUUACGCCAAACGGCCGAUUAGAUUACGUUUCCGUUAAAGGGCUACGAAACUGUAGAAGUUAGUACAUUGUCCAGACCAGGUGUCCUUUCGAUAGACGUUUCUUCGAAUGCUGCCGUCAGUUCUUCUGCUUUUUCAAAAUCAUAGGUUUCUUUGUGCAUGGCAGUUAAGGCGAUUUAAUGUUCAGCUUUUACUGAGACAGUGAUUUUUUCUCCCGUUUGUUUCCAUGACCUGUUUUCUGUCGUUUCUUUAUUAACCAAAGACAGCCAUUUGGUCGAAAGCCAGUGAAGAGGCCUGUCUCAUUUGAUGCAGAAUCUACCAACCGCGCGUCAUAGUGGGACAGAUUAUACGCACCUCGGUUUCUGGGGCGAAAUGUGACAGGCGCCUUGGAGGAAUGUACCUUAGACGUCCGAUUGUGGAGCGAAAAAUGCAGAUGUCAUUAGGAGGGAUAUAGCCAAUUUAGUGCAGAUCCCUUAAAAAUUAACAGCAGUUUGCAGCGCACAGUCGAAAAGACUCACGCGUCUUUGCAUCCAUCAGUCGAGCAUGGGACAGUUAGAAGGUAAAGGCUGAUGAACAGGCUAGCGUCGGCCUCCCGAGCACUGCGCGAAUGCAUGCGAUUGGCUGGCUGUGUUCGGGUAUCCGUCCUGCAUGACGCCAUGUAUGGCCUGAACGGUGGCCAGCUGUGUACACAGAAGGCUGGCCUACGAAUUCGUGUUUGCAAUGUCAACAAUGAAACCUGAUUAAAAUCUUUGAUAACCUUUCCUGGGUAAGUUGUUGCGAUCGACACAACUCUGCGCGAAAGCUCCUUUUGCACAUUGACUACAGAUUUCCUGUUUCCGACCUGGGCUUUGGUGCAGGACUAGCUGGUCAGUAAACAUGACUCAGCAAAAGGACAAUGCGACUACCGUACAUUGUAACAGAACUAGGUGACUUUAUCGAUGUGAUGUAUGUCAGUGUCGAACUAGCCAGGUUUGCUUGCUCGGAGCACCGUCAACCCACGUGAAAAGAACCACUCAAGCCAACAAUGUGAUUUUUAUCCAAGUACACUUCGCAGAAACUGGUGUUUCUUUUUUCUCUAGUGAGGUCUUUAAGAGGUUAUCCCCCAAGUCAUUGGACUUCUGGCAGUUCAAUCGCCUUAUAGAAACUCAAAACUAUAGAAGACGACCUGCUGUUCCAAAACCGUAUUCCAUUUUCUACUACGCUUACAAAGUCGGUCGAAUUUGUGGUAGGUUCCUUCGUAUUGUUUUCCUAUUUCGUUUCUCAUUUAUGUACUGUCAAAUCCCCCAUGACCUUCUGCUUGUCGAUAUUGCAAGCCGUUUGGUUCGAACUUUGUUUGGCAUAUUUUAGAUACUGUCGGUUAAAGAAUCGACACUGAGUAAGGGCCUUUUGCAAAGCCCCUUAUGAACUAAACUAUCCCGUCGGCAAAACGUACCGCUGACUUCUGGCCAGAAUAUACGGCUUCCAGUAUGAAAAAAGAAGCGUCUAGCAACUAGAGGGCUAUCGUCGGUAUAUAUAUAACCCCGUUAACUCAAUGCAAUGCUCACGAUAAGUCCGCAGAUUGUCAAAAUGAAACAGAAACAUCGAUAGCUGCUUGUGGGGAGUCCGAAUGUUAAAGAGAUGCUCUGAGCCAAUCAGUUCGCAUUUAAACCAGUAAAAAUAAAAGAGUAAUAUUUCGACACAGUUCCUCAAGGCGGUUUUUUCUACAAUGCAGCUGCUCGAGCAUUUAAACGUGGCGGUCAGGACGGGACACCGUACGGUCAGCUUUCGCGAGUUGUGGUCAAUGACAAGAGCAGGAUCGACUUCGUCGAGUCAGCUGUGCGCGCAAAAGUACUUCAGGCAGAAAAGGCCCCUGCCACCGUUCUGAGCACCAUUACAGAAAUUAACAACCUGUAAGUUAAUUAUUCACUGACCGACCAUUGAUACGUUUGAGAAACCUGAUAAACAGGCUCAUUAGGUGGUCAGUUUUUGGUUUACGACGCUUCCAUCUGUCUGUCCUAUAUCAGUGAUACUGUUAUGCAAGCCUGUACUUGAUCUAAUUAAUCUGGGAAUUAUUUACCCCACAGCCUUCCAAAGAGAUUUUCCGUCCAGUACAUUUCCUUUGACAAAGAGCAUCCUAUCGGAGCGAGAGAAGGAUUAUCAAACGAGUUCAAGUUCAGAUUAAAAUAUCAACUUUCUCUCAGGUUGAUAGACCUUUCGGCAAAACAUGGGAAUAGGAUCACUCUCCCUGCACCGAAGGCCUUACGCUAAUUUUCGGAGAGAUUAGAACUAAGGUUAGGCUUAAGGUUAAGGGUUACAUUUAGGGCUAGGGUUAUGACAUGCGUAUAUUUACCCUACCGAGGGGAUUCCUAUCCCUGUGUUUUACUUGCCUUGCUUGUGUCGCGACUGGUGUGUUCCAAUUGAAAGACCGUGUUAUCCAAGCAGAGGUUUCGGUAUUUUACCGACGACGUCUUCUGAAGAUUGCGUCUGCUUGAAACUGGCGCGCCGUACACCGUUUGUUGAUUGGGUGGUAAUGACUAGCAUCCAGUCUUCGGUUUUUUGUGUUCUGUGGCCUAGGUAAGUAGUCGGAGUCACCGCUAUGCCCUGUCCGAAUUCGGUCCAUCCCCAAUACACACAGGGGAGCGCAGCGGUUAGUAACAACCGGUUGAUGGAUUCCCUCUUAGCGUAGCCACUGGCUACCCGGAGGACGUCCAUGGGUGGCGGUUAACUGAACAGCCUUCAGCGGAGGUUAACUGCGAAAUGAGCAGGUUCUCGGGUCUGACCAAUAAGGAGUUGAGGACUAGCAGGGCGCGAGGAUAAGGCCUGGCAGGUCGAUCGCCUCAUAAAAUGCCUCAAGGCUGCAUGACGGCACUGUGACUCCUCUGCCCGCUACCCUUCAAUCUUUGGUAGAAAAGCCUCUAGAAUCUCGCCGCCACCUCAACCGCAUCAUCCAGCCAACUGGUUUGUGUGUCAGAAUGACACUGCUUUUCGCUUUUCUCUCUUAUCAACCUACUUCUUGCGGUUUACUCAAAAUUCGCCCACUUCGACUGCCAAUACCAGGGAAGAUGGUUCACCAACAAGGUCAUACAUUGGUCUGUAAUGAUCUUCCAGCGGUCUACUCUCUCUGCACAGCCCAUUUGUUGCUAUUUUGCGAGCAUGUGGUUGAUCAUAAUAGUCUGGGUCUUAUUUGUUACUCAGGCCUUUAAGUAGACUUGCCGUCUAGCUCAUUCGCUAUGGCUAAAAACGUAUAUGGUGCGAGGUACCAUAUCAAAUAAGUGCAAAUUCACUUUGAAACAUCUAUCUUCUGUUAGGCUCAACAUUUCUUACUUUAUUAUGAAUCAUGGGCGAGGUUUGGUUCGGCAGUCCCACUCUAAUGAUACCAUAUGUAUAGUUUUCUAAAAAAAAUUUAGUAGAUGCGAAUACGCUGCUUUUACAAAUACCACGUAUUUGCAUCUUCCCUACCACUUUAAUCCAGUGAGUAACUGUGCCACGGGGGGAGGAGUGCUUAUACGCCAGCCUCGGUUACAUCAGGUAGCAGUUCACGUGCGCCUCCCUCCGUGGGGCUUGAGUCCUCCUUGUGCCAUAUGUACCAUCUUAAUCCAGCGAGCGGUCAAGUAGACUUCCUAAUGGAAUUGUUCGGACGGUGCGGAGCUCCGUCGGGGCCACUAUAUUGGCCAUGCACUGCAAAAUACCACGUGAUCCCCCGUGGCCAUCCAGUUGGGAUCGUGUCCCCCGUAUCCUCUCAAUCCACCUUCACUCGCUUCCCUGCUUACGAUCUCUUUCUCCUCCUAACCCAGCUAACUGAUAUUGUUUUAGUAAGCUAACCAUGCGGUAUCAAUCAAGUGCGGCUGCAAAACCAAACCUCGCCGAAUCAUGUGUAAACGCAUGUAGGCUGCGAGCGUCGGGGGAAUUAUGAAUCGUGAAUUAGAUUUUGGUGUUAAUUGUCUUAGUUGUGUAGUCCGAAUUGUCAAACAGAGUACCAAGAAUUACUGGAAAAUCCCCAAUUUACUUUGGCAAAAGAUAUUGAUAUUUGACGCCUGUGCCUGAAUUUACCUCACUUUGUCUACCAACCUGAGCUCCGAAUAAAUUAUCCAAUUCGAUUAGGUUUUAGACCAAUAAAUCUACCAUCCCAACGAUCGUGCCUUUGUCUUAUUUUAAACAAAAGCGUGGAAUGUGCAUAUUGUCUUCAAUUCGUUUUUAAAACCCUCAAUUCGCCUGCUCACAUAGUGACUUCCCUAGAACACUGAACUCUCUUCACGUGGGCGCAUGUCAAACAAAAAGUCGGGCAGUUCCAACCCAGUUGACCAAGGGAUUUAAUCCAUGCUCAUAUAGUAGCGUUCUCACGCCGUUGGGUUUAGCACCGGGUUGUUGUCGUUGCAAGUAUACCGUUCUCAUUCCGCACGCUGCUACCCAUGACGCCAAUAGCACAGACGAAGUUGAUCAUGUAUUUAUUGGAGUAUCAUACGAAAUGUUGGUGAAAAUUCUGAAAUGCGUUCUCGACUAUGAAGGAUUUUCGUUCAGCAUAAUCUCAAGGUAUUUCAUUCACGCCAGGGUGCCGGCUUUUGAUAGGAUUUCCUUUCGGCCGCUUGCAAAAGCCAUACCAUGUAAAGGAAGACUACUCAUGUAGUAUGAUUUUUUUUCGGUGGAUUUUUGGUGCUUGUACAAAUUCAAAUUGAUUUUAUAAAAAAACACGCCCAACAUAUCGCUUCAUGUAUUCAUUUGACAGCAAAUCACGUCUUCUUCAACUUUCAUGCUUGAAGUAAGAGUGCCUUUCACACUUGAAAAAAAGUCUUUUUGCUUACAAAUAAUUGUAGACCUGAUCUACAGUUGCCUUUGCGUUUGGGAUUACCAGAAUACAAAGCGCAUGCUUUCCUUAAAAGAACUAAGAUAUUUUCCUACGCCAUUAAGAAGAUAUAAAAUUGAGCUCAUGAAACUUCGCAGUGAUAUUGAGCAAAGAAACAGUAAUACACGGGUAGAUACGAUUAUAUUUGAGUGGACGUUGUAGUAGGAGAGAAGAAAAUUGGUAUAGAUAGAAUACUGACAACAUUACUAAGUCCGGGCUACAGGAAAUGUCCUGUACAAAAUUUAUCCAGGAGUAACCAGGUGGAACCGCAUCUUGUGCUAGAUGACCAACGACCAGCAAACUGAAAACUGAAAUUUUAGGAAAUCCAAUAAUCUCCUUUCGUCUAAAUUUAUCCAAGUGGACUAUCAUAUGCAACAUAAUGUGGACCUCGUUUUAAAUCAGUUCUCGCCCCAUAAGUAAACUUCUCUCAUUUACGCAAGUCUCUCUUUUUUCAAUUAUUUUAGGCUUAAGUCAAAGGCGACAAAUCUGAAAUUUCGGAUGAACCAAAGGGCGUAUGCGGUGAGAAAAGAGAGAAGUAAUUUCCCAUUCUUAUCUAAUGGUAUAAAAUAUUUUGUCGUUGGUGACUUAAAAUAACUUGCAUUGGUGAAUCUGAAAAGUCCGUACUUUAGAAUUUUAUCUCAACCCUCUAAAUAAGAUCAAUUCAAAACAAUGCAUUUACUGUAGGACAAACAUUAGGGUCCUGUUUGAAACGGCUAGAAAUAUGUUUUAGCCUGAAACCCGAUGGUCCACUCUGAAACCAAAGGACUUUUUGACGGAUACAGUUACCGAUUUCAACAAUUUGUUGUCAUAGUGGUCACAGCUUACAAUGUGACAAUCAGUCUGUUCCUUAUGUUCAGUACUCAAAAGACAAACCAUUUUUAUAACGAAUUAAAAAAGAGUAGGAUACCAUAGCAAGGUAAGGCCUGUACUUUAAUUCAUCCAUUUUCAUGAUAUAAAAGUGACCAUUUAAACUUGCACAGCCAUUUGCUAAAAUUAAGUCGGUCAUAUCAGCCAAAUGAUAUUGUAUAGAUUGUAUAGAUAUUGUAUAGAUUCGUACAGAUUCGUAGAGAACGUCUGUAUUUGUACAUUGUCAAGGCGGUUUAAUCUUCCUGACCAGAUUUGACUUGCGUAAGGAGAUGGAAUUCACGAUGGAUUUGUGCGUCGGCACCUGAUUUCAGGGAGAACACAGGCUACCUGUAACAGACUCCAUUUUAAAACGGGAAAAUCCCCUAUUCGCCUACCUCUGUCAACCGUCACCGCCGACGAUGAAGAGCAAGGAUGACUUCACUGAUCUACUUUGUCCAAUGGUUUGAGAUAAAUAUACCGUCAAAGACUUGACAUACGAAACAAAAUUAAAACGGGUUUUCCCUCCAGUUCCCAAGCAUCACAAUCCAAAAUACAUUUAGAGUUGCGAAAAUUCCCAUAGUCGAAAUCAGAAGACGAGGUGGCGAGCAUACGCAGCUUUGGAUAAAAGCUCCUCGAGCCAGCACAAUUACAUGGGAGCUAUUGAAGUUCGUCUUAGAACACAGUCGAUUAUGGGAAUGGGGGGUAAUAGCAGUCAGCGCCGGGGGCCGGGUGAGAGCGGAAGGGCGCGGAGAGUUGCAGCGUUAGUCGACCUUCGACCACUGUAGGUAUGGAGCCUGAAGGUGGUUUUUCUGUUCUCACAAGAUUGGUUUUCGUAACCCGAUGGCGGCAGCUUCUGUUGUUGCCAACAGACGCUGGCCCAGUAGCUUAGGGUAACCCGAUUGGCCCUUAUAAAUCACAUGAAAAGCUUCUACACGAAGUCCGGAAUCAACAACAUACGCGACAGGGCCGUUGCCUAUGCACCUAGUUUCGUCUUUUUCCCAGCCAUGCCGGGAGGUGUUCUCGUAUUCCCUUGGGUAGGCGCCGACUCGUGCAACCAAUACAACCUGCUCCACAGGUGCAAGUGAAAGAAUAUAUGCACAUUGAAGUGGUUUGAGGUGACUACUUAUCCUUAUCUUUCCAGCGUAAAAUAGGGUUAGUAGAAAUGAUAUUCGAACCCUUGCUGUUGGGAAGGUUCGCGAGACAGAUUGAUCAAGGCGUCUUUUUAGGAGUUCGCUGGAAGCAAACUGACAGGUCAAUAAUAUAAAUGCAAAGGUAGAACUGGUCGUGAAUUGUUAUGGUAUAAGCUGAAAUGAAAAUUAUCUGUCAGGGAAAACAUGUGAAAGCGUGAGGGUUGAUAUUUGUCAGUGUGUUUUAAAGACAGGUAUCUUCUCUUUUCUUUAGGGAAGCUAAAGGACAGCGACCAAGAUGUGAGUCCGCAAUUAACUCUGCUUUAUGCCUUCCCAAAUGAAGAUCGCCUAAAACUCCUAUGACUGGAUCUGUAGUAGCGCGUCUGAAGAUUUCAACAUGAAAAUGUGAUUUCUGCUGUAGCUCUUCCACCGGAUUGCGUGGUCAUUUCUAGUAGCUAACAGUUUGAACUCAUGCGAGAAUCAGACAUUAAUCGGUAUUGCAGAGACGUCCGUAGGGAUGGUCGGAGAACUGGCAACGGCGUUUAAAAUCACAGUUGUCAGAAUCCGGAUGACUUGAGGUGGCAUGUCUCAACCACUGACCUUAAACCGUUUCAUCACUGUUUCGUUCAAAACAAACAGAACGAAAAUAGUAGUCAACACACAGAUGUACAUUCAGAAUCAGCCGGAGAGAAAGUGGACAGCUCUUGACGCAAUAUGCGAAAAUUUAGCUCAUGUCGCAGGACAUACGGAAGAGACCCCGGGCAAGGAGGAAAUUGUUUUCUUCUAUGCACCAUUUGUUCGAACACCGUAUCUGCAGUUGCUCAGUCUGAAGCCAAAUCCACCCCAGAGUAAAUUUACAACCCUCCCUAUCGCAAUUUAAAUUCUCCGUUUCUUGUUACUGUGUGUAAUUCAGUAACAAUACCUACACAGUGGACAAUAUAAUCGAUGGCCGGAUGAGGAACUUGUCCACGAACGUUGACGUCGGUUUUCAAUACCGUUGCGCCAUGUAAAUGCGGACUCGGUAAGCUCUAGAGCUAAUCGAUUUAGUACAAAAACUGCCCAGAGGGUAGUGCUAUGGGUCUCAUUUUCGCACACAGCAGAGACGGGGAUUUUGCUUCACGGGAAAUAGGUUUAUAACGCCCGGGGACUGGGGUGGCAUUUGGGCUGUCAAACCAACGCUCAACUUUACGCACAAUGCCACUGCUUGAAUGUUCAACAGUGCGAUUUAUGAUCGUCCGCAUAGGUUCCAUUGAUGAGGGCACAUACCCGGUGAUCGUUUGGGGGGUACGCACUCGUGCUAUAUCUCCUGCUAUUUUUCCCGGUGAUUAUUUGCAGCUCCUGUUUCCGCCCCUCGCCCUUCUCCCCUCGACUACAUCUUGUCCAAAUUUACUCGCAUCCAACUUGCGAUCCUUGUCUCAUUUUGGCAUGUUCUUUUGUCCACUUCAGCCCUCGUGUCUCCAUUGCCUCUCCGGUGAGAAAAACACUGGGCUAGACAAACAACAGCAGCUGUGCAGAAGCGUGCGCAAUACACGAGAUGCCUUCACUCUGCUCCUCACAGAGGUGGAAGCCCUGUCUGAGGCUCUGAAUGCAGUCAGCAGUUCAGACUAA